AUGAGAGUAGUUAUGCGUCUGAUGUUUCAACUCUCCAUUUUCUGUUUCCCAUCAUCCCUCGCGGAGGAAUACAAGUUCUGUGAUGCCAAACCACUUGGCAAAUACUGCUUGGCUGACUACACAGGAUGGCGGGAGUGUUUGAUUGAUACGUUGGAUGAGCCCGCUGAAGAGCUACAUCAUUGUCCAGCUGGCUCAAGAUGUGUAUGCUAUGGCAAGCGGGAACAAGGCUCCUGUGUGACGCAUGCGCGAAACCCAUGCGUCCGUUCUGCGGACGAACUCGUUCGGCCUGAGUUUCCCCAGUCGUACUUUGGCGUAAUAUUUGUAACAGACGCGUUCUGUGACAAGGAUGGCUGCGAAGGACGCAUUGUAGUGAGUGAAAAAUACCGAGACAACAAGAAAGGUGGCAGAUCACGUGAAGAUCUCGUGAUGGGGCUGACACAGCACAUGACAGUGAUAAUUGUGCGCGAAGGGGACGGGUGGUCUCAGUACGCCAUAGACUUGAGGGAGGGCACACCUUUGUGUAACAAGACCAUGCUUCCGGAAUUCCGAGGCCUCAUGAAGGUUCCCGACAAUUUCCAAUACAACGGCACAGUGGAAAUCCUGGGCGUCGAAUGUGAAGACUGGAUUUACGAAGCCAACAGUCAGGGAAACUUUAGUGCCGUGAAGGAUAAAGCCAAAAACGUUGGAUUCAGCCAAACAGUUCGCAACAAAAUUCUCACUCGCCUCACAGAUAAUUUAGAGACGAAUACUCUCGGUGAAAGUCAAAUUGUUGAAGUGCAUCACAUAUAUGUGGCUAAAAUCAAUGGUACUAAUGUACCACUGAAGGUAGAAUUCGCCAUUGCUAUUCCUAAACAAAAAAUUUUCACUCACUAUAAGGAAUUCAUGGUCGCUUAUUACCCAAAUAAGUCCAUCAGCAUCAGCAGCGAGUCUCGGAUGUUUGAUCUCCCGGAUGUAUGCACGAGUAAGGAUGAGGGGGAGGGUGGGGCGAUUGAUGACGUACCACUGGAUAUUCAAACUGUCAAACGCCAUCAUCGAAAGGAGGGAAUGAAUGCUGGAGACGAUGAGUUUCCAACAAUGAAGCGAUUUGUAAUGCCUUCGGUCACGCACGAAAUGGGUGACGCCUCCGACAUUUUGGAGCACUAUAGAGUGGCAGAUCAAGUAAUGCAUGCAAUACAGAAAAAAAGAAAAUGAGUGUUUUAACUUUCAACUUUUAAUGCUCAACAAUCAAACUUUCUCGGAAAUUGAAAACAAAUCGCCUGAUACUCCAUAUCGUCCAGCAAAAGA